AUGAACGCCAACGCCAACGGUAGUAUUAGCAUCAGUCCCAUCGAUCAAGCUUGUUGUAGCACUACUACCAUCAACGACAACAUUGGUCAUGACAAAAAUCUUAAAGAAAUCUGCAACAAUAGUAGCAGCAGCAGUUCACCUUCGGGAACUGAAUUUGAUUCGGAUAAUUCAGUUAAAGAUAAAGAUUAUGUUCCACCUCAAAAAAAGAAAGCAGGAUAUCCGCAAUUAUUUGAUUCAGACUCUGAAAACGAUGUUAUACAGUCUUCACAGCCGCUGAAUAACGUCCAUAUAUCCGAGACAUCAUCUGAAGAUGUUAGCGAGCCGGAGUCAAAGAUUCAGGAAAAUCAAAACGUCGAAGUUCAACUUACUAAGAAAGGGACGAUAAGAAAACGGAAAUAUUAUGCAACAAAACUAGCUGUGCGGCAGGAAAUUAUGAAGAAGUUAAAAAUUGAAUCCAAAUACUACGUUAAACCAGGCUGUGAUGAAAAUUGUAAAAAGAAAUGCUCAACAAAAUUUUCGGAAAGUCAAAGAAUCUCAUUGAAUAAAUUGUUUCGUAAUAUGACUUGGAAGGAACAAACAUACUUCAUUAAAGAACCGAUGGAUCUCGAUUUUCUGAGAGUCAAAAACAAUAAGAUUGGGAUAUCUUCGCCGGUAAUCAAAAACUACUUCCGAGGAAUAAAGCAAGAACGUAAAGAUGAAAUACUUCAAAAGUUAAGUCCUCUAAUGCCCGAGAAUAGGAGGGCAUUCUGGAAUAAUUUGCCUGUUAAUGAUGAUGCAGUCAACUUGAUCACUGAAUAUGACGAUAGUUAG